GGUAUGAUUGUUUAUGAACUUGACUUCAUAUCUUAAGAUGAGACACGAGAUACAUUAAAAAUGAUACAUCUGAAAGUUAGAUGAAUCUUUGCUAAACUGUAUGUUAAACAUCAUGUGUUCAUCAACCACUGACCUAUGCAUUAAUCAAAUAAAGGUUUAAAAUCUAUCUAUUUGUCUAUCUAUCUAUCUAUGACAAUUCAACAAUAGUUUGUUGCCACAUGAGCACUUGAAGAAUUUACAAAUUAUCAUGGUUGACACUUUUUUUACAAACACAAAAGUAAGUUAAUGCUCAAUUUAUGUAGCUAUCUCUAUCUUCAUUUAAUGUUUUCUUUUGUUUUUAUUUAAUAAUUCAUUUGUACCUUUUGUAGUAUAUAUGUGUAGGAGCAGUAUACUAAUGUUUAGAGGCUGACAUGUAUCGCGAUUGUUUAAACAAAAAUAUUUGAAUAAAUCUUAUUAAGUAAAUUUUCAGUUUACGUCAUAUGCUAAGUAGGUGUUAGGCCAUUACCUUUUGAUUUUUCGUUAGGAGAAGAAAGUUUGAGUGAAGGAUAGCAAACCAAAUAACGGGUAUUAAAUGCAAUAGAGAGUGGAGAUACCCCGGUAGACUAAACUAACUAUGUCAACAAUUUGGUGGCGCAUGUGAUGUGAGAAAUGGUGCAGGAGGACAAUUUAAAAUUCAGCUGGCGAUAUUACUAUAUGGGCCGUGAAUUGGUGGACAAAGGUGAGGAUUGGACAGAACAGAUCUGGUAUAGAACUUCAGUAGCGGUCGUGACAAAAUGUGGGAGGAGACAACUUAGCAAUUGAUACAUAUAGAGUAAAUAACAUUUAAAUAGAUAAACCUUUCAGUUUUUUUAAAUUAUUAGCCAAACCUUUCGAACUACAAAUGAUUAGCCAAAUAUUUUGUAUCACAUCAAAAUAUUAACCUUUUUUUUAUUAUCAUUAAUAAUUUUGUAACUCUUUUCUAAUUUAAAUACUAAAUUGGAUUAUAGACCGUCACGUGUCUCUUCCAACUCAUCAUCAUGUUGUUGAGUCAAUAUUACUAACAAAAAUGCUAACUGGGAGUUAACGUUUUUACAAUUUUCUUUUACAAUUGUUCAUAUUUCCCCUUAUUUUCUUAACAUUUUACAAAUCCCGGUAAAAAACAAGUAUUAAUUACACUUAAAAAUAAUUAAACUCUUUUUAAUAUAUAUGCUAUAUAUUGACAAUAAAUGUGGCCAUACAGAAAAAUGCAUAUAUCAGUAUAAGUAAUGAAAUUUUUAUUUCUAAACAAAUACCAAACAUAAAUGAAUUUUAGAAAACGAAGGUUCUACAAGUUGUAAAAUUAUACACUAACACACCAUAUUAAGAUCAAAAUCCGUAUGUGAGUAUCUUGGAUUGAGAUUCUAAAAUAAUAUAUAAACAACGACAAUGAGUCUCAGUUAGUCCAAAUUAAAUUUCAGAAAAUUAGCAAUUGAUACAUAUUGUAUAAGAAACUAAAUACAAAUAAGAUCUUACAGUAAACUCCAUGAACAUCCAAAGUGUCAACUUUUAAUUGGGAUGAAGAAAUCUAUCCAAUAAUGAAGUAUAUGUACAAAGAAACUCUAACUAAGAUGUCCUCAUUUGAACAAUGUGGAUUCAUAUAAGAUAGAAAAAAUUGUACAUGGGACGUGGUCUACCUUUGUGACAUGGUUUAUGAUUAGAGAAUUCAAACAUUAUAAGUGAAUGUGCCAAGUAUUGAGAAUUUUCAAUAUAUAGACACACCACAUACUCACUUAUCAAUACAAAAUAUAAUAAAUUUAGAAGGUCUAAAAUAGUUUAAACAUAUAGAUAAAUUGAAUUAAUGUCAACGAUAAAAUGAAAUUAUCCGGCCAACGGGCCGGGUAAAAAGCUAGUACAUAGGGACAGGUUACGGUGAUUACUACUUUGUAGUAAUCACCGUGGUUACUACUUUGUAGUAAUCACCGUGGUUACUAAGGGUAAAUUGGGUAUGGAAAAAUAAAUUAUAUUAAUUAAUUUUUUAAUAAAUUACAUUUAAGGUAGUUACAAAAAUCUAUUAAUUAAAAUUCUCUCUUUCUCUCACUUCCGUAAUCUCCAGCCAGAUUUCCUUUCCAUAUUUUUCUCAAUCUUUCUGCAAAAAAAAAAAAAAAAAAACGAAAUCAGUACCAAUCCAUUAGAUAAAAACUACCACUUUGAAAAAUAUCAAUACCAUCUCCCCCUGGUGAUUCGUCGAUGGGUUCGCCGUCGCCGGGUAGGGGCGGGCGGGCGGGCAUGUCUCGUUGAGGAGAGUGAGGGAUUAGGGUUUGGUUAUAAUAUAUAGAAAUUAAUUAUUUAAAGGAUAGAAAUCUGGUGUGGUAUAUUUUUCGUUUUCAAAUUUACCCUUAAUCUAAUCUUCACCGUCAAUUUAAUAAUAAGAUGAAAUAAAGAUAAUGAAGGGUAUAGAUGUUAGUAGCCACCAUGAUUACUUAAAAUUAAAUAACCACCCUAACUCAUCCCCUAGUACAUAUUAGGUCUAUCAAAAUCACCUGUAAUUUGAGUCCUAAAAACUUAAACGAGAUUUAUUCCAAAAUUUUAUGAAUGAUCAUUUUCAAAACGAUUAGAGUUCCAACACCUAACACGUGCCUUUGUGAUCUUCCUUAAUCCACAUCUUGUUGUUUAAUUAGAGCCAGGUUUAUGCUCUUAAUCCCUGCCGACAAUCCUGCUAUUGGCUGAGAGUUCACUUUCAUUAUUAUGUUACUGUUGUUUGAUUGUCCCUCAUGAAACCGAGAGUUUAUAGGUGUGAUUGGUAAUCAGUCAAAGGGGAAUUGAAAGCUUUCCUCCUUUAAUCAAGAUUCUCUUUCAACCCUUUAUGCAUUAAUUAUUAAGCAGAUGAACUGAUCAUGGCUCCUAAAAACUUUUGUCCUUUAUUUUUCAAAAGAUCCCUCCUAAUAAUGAUUAUUUCAUUGCACGAGUGAGAGUUAAGCAUGGCUUUUUACCCUCGGAUUGACAAUCUCAAACUUACCAACCCUAAGUUUCGAUGAUAGUGAAUCACCAUUUAGUGGUAACUAAUGUUAGAAUGAUGAUGGGAUCAUGAUGUUGGUUAAUAUCCAGUUAUCUUUACCUCAUGCCUAAAGAGUUUAGCUAUCCGGUUUAAGUCACUGUUUACACCUAAAAAUAAUUUCAUCUUAAAACCACAUUAGUGUGGUGUCGCAAUGUCAGUUGAACAACUUUGUGAUGGCUAGCAAUGCGGCGAGUGUAACAACGUCACAAGUAACAUCGUGGAGAUAAGCAAUGUCGUGAAUAACUCACGGCGUUGCGAGUUCGACAAUGGCACGAAUUCAAAAUCGCAUAACUCAACGAUACCACAAGAACAGGGGCAUCGUGAGAUUUAAUGAUGUGAAUCUAAAUGACAUCGCGAGCUAAGCAAUGUUAUAAAUUCAGCGAUGUUGUGGAGGCAAACAACAACGUUGUUUUGUCAAAACUAGUGUGGGGAUCCGACGACUUCGCAUCCAGGCCAUGUGGCCGGGAGGUUGGUGUUUUGAACCACGAUGUUGACUUCACGGGCUCGAGCUCGAUUUUCAAACCAUGAUGUUUACUUCAUGGGCUCGAGCUCGAUUAGAAGGACAACAACUCGAGGUGGGACCAACAACAUCGUGUGGUUGACGCGAGCUCUACAAUGUUGCAAGAUCAACGAUGCUGUGAGUUUCGCCGCUGUUGAGUGGUCAACGAUGCCGAGAGAUCAACAACCUUGCGGCGAGUAUGCAGUGGCGAGGGGUGAAACAACAAUGUUGUUUAAUCGACGGUGAUGUCGUGAUUCGAACCGUGGUACAAAGUUGAUGUGUGUGCACGUGACUUUUACGAAAGGAAGAUUGGAGAACGGAUGCGAAGCAGUUGCAGACUACAACUUCGUGAAGAAGGACGGAGCAUGUGGAAGACUAAGGCGAGGCGGUUUCACAGCGUGAAGACUACGAAAGUGAAUUUGAUAAAAGCAUCGGAGCAAGGAGCGAGAGGGGAGAAUUAAAAAUCAACACAGAACAACAUCUUUCAAACUUUUCCUUUUCUCUGUAAUUUCUUCAUGGAGCUCUCCUUCCAGGAAGGAUCUCCAUAGUCGUAGUCGUAGCAUAGUCCAGGAGCUCUCCACUGGUAUCUCCAUAGGAGUAGAUCUAACGUAGAUUCCUUCAAAAACCCAAACACCCUCGUUCAAACAUUGUUUGGAGAGGUGUGAACCGAGUAACAGUCGUCUUGGUUUUUCAGAAGUCAGAGGUGCAUCGAUCAAAUCAACACCUCCCGAAAUAAUUUGGCACGUCCGGCGGUGGAUAUUUGAUGACCGUCUUGAUUUCAGGAGUCAGUGGUGCAUCCGAUCAAACGACACCGCAAAAGUUUCCAACGCAAAACAAUCAAUCAACAUCGCCCGAAACAAUUUGGCACGCCAGACGGUGGAUAUUUGGUUUCGUGUGUAACAAUCACGAUAUUAUACUCUGAUAUCUAAUGAAUGAAAUCUUUAACUCAUUGGAACAUUUCGUUUUGAUAACUUUUUAUUUAUUUUUAAUUGAUUGACCACAAUUAAUGCAGAUUUAUAAAAUGAGGACCAUGUUUUUAAUUUUUUAAAAUUAUAAUUGGAACACGCAUGUGGUGCUACUCAUUUAUUCCCCUUCAUGAUUUCAUCUCUCUUGUCAGAACUCAUGAUCUAAACGAAUUACACAUACACCUUAGUAAAUGUUCCUCGGCGCUGAGGAAAUUGAAAGAUAUCGUUGAAAUUGUUCAUCUAAAUUUUUUUCGAAAAAUCUAAUCCGCCCUCACCACAAUUAUCAUGAAGCAUACCACAAAACACAUACAUAGAACACAACAAACCACACCACAAAUAACAAAAAGUAUAUAAGAAAGCUUAUAAAGCAUACCAGAAUCUAACCACACCACAAAAAUUCACAAAACAUAUAAGAAAACUCAAAGUUGACCACUCGUUUCUUAAACCGGAACAGAAGCCUCAAAAACCAUAUCACAAGUCCCCUAAAGUAUACCAGAAACCUCAUAAAGCAUACCACAAAUUUCCUGAAGCAUACUAGGAAUCUCUUAAAGCAAACCACAAGUUUCUUAAAGCAUAUUAGAAACCUCAUAAAGCAUACCACAAGUUUUAUGAAGCAGAUCAGAAACUCAUAAAGUUGACUACAAGUU